AUUUCGUUGGAACAUUAAGCAAAUAUAGUAAAGAUGAAUUUAUUUUAUCAUACCAUUUCAUUGAUCAUUGCAUUUCUAAGUAUUGCUGUUGUUCAAUGUGAUGAUGCCAAAGAUGAAGCUGCUUUAAGGCAAGAAUUGAGUAAAAACCAGGUGAACAUUACAGCAAGAGAUAGUCUCAUUCCAUUCAUAAACCACCAUAGAUUGGGUAUUACCGAUAAAGUGGCUCUGAGCAUGAUAGCAUCUUCAGACUUUGGUAUUACGCUUGGUGGUAUCAUCCCAUAUUGCACAAACGAGAAUUUUGGCCCAGUUACGUUUGGAUCGACAACUGGUUGUGUUUUGACUUUACUUUCAGGGUUGACAAUGUUUAAUGGAGCCUUGCUAAUGUUGUUUAGUGGAUUAAUUCCUGAUAAGUUUAACGGUUCAAACUUGGUGCUUGAUCCCCCUAUUUUUGAUAAUAAGUGGUCAAAAAUUACUAGAAACGCUUACCAAAGAGGUUUAGAGAUUGAAUCUCUUUACUAUAAAGGCUUAAUUUAUGAUAACGAAGAAGUUGUGUUAGAUGAUUUUCAUGUGGUAUACACGGUUGAUGGGUUCCAAAUAAACAAAUUCAAUAAUAGUGACUCUACAUAUAAAAAAGUAUCGUUUCAAGAGCAUGCUUCGUUUUUGACUUCAUUGAUAUCUAAUUUGCAAUUUCAAAAGACAUCGGUCCUUCAUGCUUUAGGCUGGUUUGAUUAGGACAAAUUUAGAUAGCAUGGAUCCCUCUUGUCAUAACCAGAGAGUAAAGUUAUUCAUCAAACCAACUGCUUUUUUUAAACAGAGUAAAGUUCUUAUAUUUCUAAUCUUUUCUAUAUAUUGCUCCC